AUGUGCGGAGAUAGCGUCUCUGCAGUGAUGGAAGUUUUGUCUGCUCAACAUGGCGUGGCGGAUGAGGUUAAAGAUCUCACGAAAAGUUUGAACGCUAGAUGGGCUAUGGAGACUCACAUAGCGUUGGACAAGAAACGUUGUGAGGUCCUAAAUUACUUCGGGAAAAUCAGCCCUCUCUCUAACCACAAGACCAAUCUGAAGCUGUGGCACCCUACAACCGGUCUGUGGCUCACAGAGGGCCUAGUAUUUCAGAAUUGGCUACGAACCAUUAAAAACAGUGGUCCAGGCCGAGCUGUUGCUUACUUCUAUUGCGACUACAAAUCGAAAGACCGCCAGGACCCUAUCCUUAUAUUGGGAUCGCUUGCAACCCAGCUCGCAAGACAGAAAGAAGAGGCAUAUUCUUUGCUUGGAGGUCUUUUCGCAGCCUACCAUCCGAAAGACGAAAGUCCUUCACACCCGGAGUUGGAACAUUUGACGGACGUGCUGCAGAGAAUGGCGGCACUAUUCGAUGACGUGUCUAUCGUUGUUGACGCCCUUGACGAGUGCCUCGAUGAUUCCGAAACUGUAGUGAAUUCGCUUGUCAGUUUGAACGCAGGGCACACCAGUAACAUCCGAACACUCUUUCUAAGCCGAGAUGAGGUUGACAUCCGACAGCUGCUCAUAGGAAGAGAGUAUAUCGAAGUGCCAAUCGUCGCUCAAUCUGACGAUCUCAAAGCGUAUGUGGCGGCCGAAAUAGUGACUCGGGAACGAAUGAUUGGCAGGAAGAGACUCCGGCUAGGAAGUAGUGAGCUGAAGGAACACAUCUCAAAGACUUUAGUUGAGCGGGCAAAGGGGAUGUUUCGUUGGGUUACUUGCCAGUUGGAUUAUCUGUGCGAGCUGCCAACGGAUGCCAUGAGGCGCGACGCUCUUUACCAGUUACCACCAACGUUGAACAAAACAUAUGAGCGCAUUCUCCGGCGAAUCAAUCCGGCAGUACGACUGCCUAUACAGAGAGCUCUGCAGAUGAUCGGUCAUUAUGAGAUAUUAGCACCUCAGCUUUGUGAAGCAAUGUCUAUUGAGCCAGGUUGUCGUGUCUUGAAUAAGGAGGCAUGGUGGAACAUUGAGGAGAUCUUACUGCACUGUAGUAGCUUAGUUCGAAGAUCGCAUGAUUCCGGUGAGUUGGAAUUGGCGCAUUUCUCUGUCCAAGAAUAUCUUGCCUCGCUCGACCCUAAUUCAAAUUCCGAGCUCGCGGGUUUUUCUUUGCAAAGUCU